GUUUUUUCUUCUUCCUUUCGGUUUAUAUUGGACCGUACGUGCUCACAUCAACUUUCGACCAAUUACUAUUCACACCUCUCCAUCCACAUCUCCAAAUUUUCUCACAUGCUUUUGUUGCAACUUCUCCACUGACUGAUUCAGUUGCGAUAUAGUUAGUUCUCAUGACAAUGCUCUAGAUUCGGUUCCUCAUUUCUUGGCACGGGUGAGAGAUAGUUAGAUACACUCUUCAUACUAAUAAUGUGGAAAAAAUUCGGCGAGUCUUUAUCAGGCGAUAAUGAAGAACAAGAGGAGACCUUGUUGGGUGAGGAAUCAAGUAGCCUCUCUACAACACAGAGACUUUAUGCAUUUGCUGCUUGUUCGAUUGCUGGUCUCGUUUUAAUGUUUCUGUCUAUGAUUGUUUUUGCCAAACCCAUCAAAUUUGCCAUAUUGUUCACCUUUGGCAACCUAUUAGCAGUUGGAAGUACAGCCUUUCUUCUUGGACCGGCACAACAAAUGCAAAUGAUGUUUGACCGUGUUCGUGUUUUUGCAACUGCCAUCUACCUUGGAUCUGUGGUUGUAGCACUUAUUUGUGCCCUUUUGAUCCAUAGCAAGGUGUUGACGUUACUUGCAAUCAUCGUUGAGAUCGGCGCACUUAUUUGGUACAGCCUAAGUUAUAUCCCUUUUGCUCGAAGAAUGGUUUCCAAUUUGAUGAUCAAAUUAUGUGAUACAGAGUUCUAAACCAUGAAAAUAAAACCAAAGAUGUCUCGUGUGGUCGAUAGUAGACAUGGUUGCUCGGCAUUUGGAUUUUAUGUACUGAUUUGGUGCUCAUGAAGCUUCUUGUUGGCCUUUAUUUGGAAUUCAUCUUCCAUGCCACUAUUCUUUUCCUUUCACAUCAAAAAAACAAUGGGUUGAAAAUUUGUUUGCAUAAAGUUGCUUUGUUGUAAAGGAUACAGAGAAGUUUGUUUUUUCAUUUUUUUGUAAUGGUGCUUUUGUUAAGAAAAUUAUAGAUUUAGCAUAUCUGGUGGAGUCCUUUGGUA